GGUCUGGUGUGUCUCAUCAGCCUGCUGACCUAAAGUCCAUAGAGGAUCCAUGGGGUUGAGGUCAACCCAGUUUGCAUUACUACCCACUCGAGUGCAGUAAUGUAAUAAACCAGCAUUUGAACCAUUGGCAGUGUGGGAAGACACCAGAUCCUGCUGGAAGAGGAAAUCAGCAUCGUUAUAAAGCCUGUCAGAAGAGGGGAAGUGCUUAAAAAGUUCAAAUUCUGUCAGACUUAAUGUCUUGAACUUGAUUUUUCUUUCUUUUUUUUAAACCCAGUGGACCAAGACAAGCAGGUGACAUGGCACCCAAAUUGUCACUGAAACUUCACAAUGGUUCUCAAGCAACUCAGAUUAUUUGCCUUACAAAAUACAAAAUUUAUUUUCAUUUUAAGAGAACUUUGGGACACUAAUCAACAGUCCAAUCCUUGUCCUACUAGUCCCAUAUAAGACGCUUCUGACAUCUCUGCUUCUAGCAGCUGUAGUUCAUGUCCUGUGGGGCUCCUUGUGAAUCUCCCUAAGCAUUUGAAUGGUCUUUGCUUGUGCAUUAUUCUCUACCACAGUUUUUCCUUUUGCCAAACUUUCCUUUGAUAUGUUGCAUGCAUCACUCUGUAGCCAGCUGCUUUAGCAAUGAGGUUACCGUCCUUGAGGAGUGUCAAUGACUCUGCUGGAAAACCAUCAAGUCAGCAGUUCUUCCCAUUAUGAUGUGGAUCAUAACUUUUCUGUAUUAAAAAGCCUUGUUUUAUUAAUUUAAGAGUCAAAAUGCUGGGUUUUCAUUAGCUGUUAGCCAUUUAGAUGUAUUCCAAAUGAAGACAUGACACCUAAAAUAUACACUGCAAAAACACAUUUUAUGAAGUAUUUUUGAUUUAGUUUCAGAUAUCUUAGAUUUGCCUGAUUUCAAUUGUGCUAUCUUUUAACUAAAUAAUUUCUUAAUUAGCCCAGGUUGAUUUAAAAAAACCAAAAAAAACCUAUUUCACUUAUGACAACUUUUUGCAAUGAUGUAAGUGACAUAAUCCGCCAGCAGAACCAGUGCUUUUCUGUCAAUAUUAAGGAAUUAUUUACUCAAAACAUAAGUUUUUGUCUCAAGUAUUCUAAGUUAUUUGCUCUAGAAAUUAGACCAAUCAUGUUGUGUUAUUGGUCUCUAUGAAAAUCUAGUUUCACUUUUUAAAUUGAAUGAAUGAAUUAAAUUAACUUUUCAGUGAUGAUCUAAUUUAAGGAUUUGUGUAAUCAGGGCAGCACCACCAAACAGGAGAAGCACUUAAAAAGAAGCAUAACUUCUUCUAAAGCACUCCAGUUCAAUCUCAUUACAUUUGCAUUAUCCUUGACACCACCGGCAAAAAAUUUAUGAUUAUUGUCUCCAGCAACAACAGGAGGUAAUGAUCCUUUCAGCUCUGUAGUUUCCUGUGAGCCUUACUGUUGAAAUCAGAUUGCUUCUCACCAUUUGGAGUCUUUUCAGUUUUUAUUUGAACGUGUUUCAGUUAUUUUCCAUUUUUCUCAUCUAUUAAAUCCAGUACUGUUUAUGCAAUGUGACAAGCGUGCCAACGAUUUGCUCAUCCACAUUCAUGUAAUCCAAGCAGUUGCUGAGGAGAUUAAAAAGCUUUAAUCACUUGGUCCAAUUUCAUUUAGAAAAUAAUGUGCAAAUGCACAAAUAAAUCUGUUAAAACAAUCAGAUUUUCUUUUUUUUUUUUUUUUCUUUGACCCAGUUGCUUUGUGAGCUUUUUAACUGGAUGGACUUGUAGAUUAGGGAGUUUUAACAUGAAGCUAGCUCUUACCAGAAGUCAUCUGUCACAGAUGACUCCAUGGCUGUUGCUCUGGGUUUGCUGCAAAACCUAAAUUUGUGCUCGGGAGGGCGGGAUAAUCAUAACCUCGCCUCAGGCAAAAUAUGUACAUAAGCUGUGAAAAAGGGAACACUUUCAUGUUUCAGCAGGCUGGCUGACAGACUUUGGCUGUAUUCUCUGGGAGGAGUCACAGAGAGGCUGUUUACAUCCAUUCAGCUUUAAACAGAUACUCAGGAUUAGUUCAGAACUGGAAAGGAUUACUGUAGUGUGGAGGACAAGACCUGCAAGAUGCACUGCUAUGAGAGCGUGGUGAACUAUCUGAGCUGGGGGAUGCUGCUGGCAGGACUUCUUCACCUGAUCAAUCACAGGAAGGCACAAGCCUCCUAUGGGCGCCACAUGAAACCCAGCACUCCGGCUAUUAUGGUUCCUGCCAGAGUUGCCUGGUUCCUGCAGGAGAUGCCAGCUCUUCUGAUGCCUCUGCUGCUGAUGCACCUUUCACGCCAAUAUUCUACUAUGGGGAGGGCUAUAUUGCUAAAGACCUUCUGCCUGCACUAUUUCCACAGGACAUUUGUGUAUUCCCUGCUGACCAGAGGACAGCCUUUCCCUCUGAGUGUGAUGGCCACAGCAGGUUUUUUCUGCUUGUUGAACGGUUUUCUGCAGGGUCACUAUCUUUUGCACUGUGCCCAGUUUGAUGAGGAAUGGACAGCUGGCUACUGCUAUACAAUUGUUGUGUUGCAUGUUGUUUCAGGCUUAGUGGUGUUUUACAUCGGAAUGGCCAUUAAUAUACACAGCGAUUACAUUCUGCGCAACCUGAGGAAACCUAAAGAGAUAGUUUACAAAAUUCCAGCUGGAGGCCUAUUUGAAUAUGUGUCUGGUGCCAACUACUUUGGGGAGCUGGUGGAGUGGUUUGGCUAUGCCAUAGUGACAUGGUCCCUUCCAGGAUUCUCAAUCGCUGUCUUUAGCCUCUGUUUUAUUGGACCAAGAGCCUAUUACCAUCACAAGUACCUACGAUAUUUUCAAAAGAUUAAUGAUCCCUGUUUUUGUACUGUUGUUUAUUUUAUUCCUAAUUUCUUUUAUCUUCAUUACAGGUUUUAUACGGAACAUUUUAAAGAAUACCCCAGGUUUCGAAAGGCUUUGAUUCCAUUCAUCUUCUGAAACAUCCUCUCCUUACCUUUCGUUGGGGAACGGUUCUAGUUUUAGCUCUAGAACACUAAACACAAGACAUUUUAUAUGCAUAUUUCUGGGAUCUCGAGUUUUAAGAUGGCUCUUCUUAAAGAUGUGCUGUCCUGAAGAAACCAGAGUACCCAGAGGGAACCCACACAUAAACGAGGAAACCAUGCAAACUAAAUGCACAAAGCCUGCAGACUGGAAUUCAAACCCAGAACUUUAUUGCCCCAAUUUUCUCACCGUGCAGCCCUUGAUGUAUUCAUGCCUUGAAGAAAAAGAACACACUCUCCUCACCUGAGGGCAGAUGUGGUUCACUGAGUAGAGUAAUAAUUUUGAAAUAGGAAUUUGUGGGUUCCAAGUCAAGUCAAGUCAAGUUUAUUUGUAUAACACAUUUCAGCAACAAGACAGUUUAAAGUGCUUCACACCAUAAAAACAUAAUAAUGUAGGUUCCAGCUUCCUCCUGUCACAUGUUGAUGUUCCACUGCUCAAGGCACUUAACCCCGAGUUACCUACUUGUCUGCAUAUCAGUGUAUGCAAUUGUGUGUGUCAGUGAGUGUGACCAGAAAAAUGUGAUUUUUGUGCACUUUAGGGUUUUUAAACCAUUUUGAAUUUUCAGUAUUAUAAGAAAAACACUAUGAAUUCAGUGUAUUAUACAGAUGUUUGCUGCACCCGCAUGGAUGUGUUUGAGGCCUCUACUAUUUUUAAGAAAGUUAAUGUUUACCUCAAACUCAUUCUUUAUCAAAUCGUAUCUAUGCUUGUUAUUUGCCCCCUGAUGGAGGAUUUAGUCAGGUGUCUCCAGUCCACCCUUUACAGCACAAGUGUCAAACUCCAGGCCUGGAGGGCCACUGCCCUGAAACUUUUAGAUGUGCUUCUGCUGCACCACACUUGGAUAGAAUAAUUAGGUCAUUAACAAGGCUCUGGAGAACUGAUCUACACAAGAAGAUGGUAAUUAAACCAUCUCAUUCCAGUGUUUUGUACCUGUGGCACAUCUAAAACCUGCAAGACAGUGGCCCUUGAGGACUGGAGUUUGACACCCCUGCUUUACAGCUUCAGUCCCUCAACUUCUAAAUGCAUUCAUGUUUCAUCAUACAUGAGUCAAACAGCUGAAUUUACCUUCUCACCAUGUGUUUGGAUUUUGCAGAUUCUCAUUUCUGGAAGAAUAAAGGUGCUGGGUUUUACUCCCUAUCUGGGGUCUUUCUGCAUGGACUUUACAUGUUCUCCCUGUGCAUUCAUGGUUCUCUCCUGAUGGACUGGGGAUCUGUCCAAUGACCACUGGAGAAAGGCACCCAUCCCCUGUGACCAAGAAAGAAAGUAAGCAUGCAAACUCUUGUUUUGGCAGAUGGCUUUAGGAAUCUGCAUCCAUGAUGACAGAAUCUUGUUUUUGCUUUAUGACCCCUUGUGGAUACUCUCAGAAUUGCAGGUACGAGUGCCAUCUUUUAUUUAGGAAUCCAAAAUGGCUGUACGCACAAAUAAACACCAGCAACUCUUAACAGUGUUAUUUUUCACUAGAUGUUAUAUACACCAAUAUGCACUAUACGGUGAUAUAUGCAAGUCUGGAACCAACUUCCAGAAAACUGCAAAACAGCUGAAACACUGAGUUCCUUUAAAUCAAGGCUAAACCCUCAUGUGUUAGAGUUACCUUUGAUUCGUAGUAACAGGAACAUUGAUGAUUAUAUUUGACUUAUAUUUAUGUGAUGAUUUUGAUUAUGGUAUUUGAAAUGUUUAUUACUUGUUUCAUAACUGGAUACUGUGUGAUGUGUUUAUGGUGUAAAGCACUCUAAACUGUCUUGUUGCUAAAAUAUGAUGUUCAAAUAAAUUUGACUUGACUUGACUGAACUGGAAGAAAACUGUGGAGUAAAGGCAUUUAGUAUUUUUAUUCAGGUCUGUUUUAUUGGUCAGUGGAGCAAAUAUUUUCUUUUUAGAAAAUUUCAUAACUUACUAUAUAUUAUAUGUGCCCACAUCAAAACUGCAAUUUUAUUUAUUUUUUAAGAGAUGAAAUAAGUAUUAUUUAAUUAGAAUUUGACAUUUCUUUUGUAAAUAGUCAAUAUAUAUUUCAAAAAAGUAACUAAAAAAAAAACUUUAGAAGAAAAAAGUGGAAGUCCAUUCAGUGUUUCAUGAAAAUUUGCGAAAGUUUUUAUUUAAAGGUGAGUAAUAUCCAGUUCACUUUUAUAAAAAAGUUUGAUGUUCUGAUUCUGUGAGGCAGGAGUUUGUUCUGUAAACGGUGGGUUGCUAGUUCAAAUCCAUGGUCCAUCU